CGUGAUUACAUCAAAACGGCGAAGACUGGUCUUCUCUGUUAUCACGCCCAAAUCGUGUUUAACAAAACAAAACAAAUCCUAAAAGGCGCCUUAAAUGGAGCUAUAAAAAACUACAACACGCUCGUGUGAAUCCGCUCCGUUGGCCGAGGCUGGUGCGCUAGCCGGUACACGCCGCGCGACUCUGGGACACGUUUUGUUAGCAGCCGGCAGCAUGGCUCUGUGGUAAUAGAAUAGCCGAUGUAAUUUGACACUUCAACUUGCCGUGCACUACGUUAGUUGAUUCAGGCAGUCACACUCUGGCCAAACGCUGUGCGCUUUCCCCCCCACUCAGUGUUUGCGAAGUAAAAAGGAGAAAAAUACUACGCGCAUUCAGCUCCGGAGGAUAUUUGUUUCCAGCGCCGUGCUUUGACUGGAUCUGAAAGUGUGGUGGAUCCCGGUGCAGAGCCGAGCCUGGAGAGGGACCUUCCCCACGGACUAUAUGAAGGGAGGGGUGGGGGAGGGGGGGCCACUGACAAGACGACAAGGCUGCAGAACAAACAGGUUAACAUGGCUAUCUGUGGGGGAAACCUGACCUGACGGCCCUGUUCUGAUGAGGCGAGUGCACGGCACAGCACAGCUGCAGAAAUACUCCACUCUCUCCAAGCUGCAGGAACAUACCACCUCUAUGAUUGAUGAGGACAUAGGAGUGGAUUUCCUAAACACUAAACAAAGAAACCUACUGCAUCCUCUGGGAGAAGAACUUUAAUGGCUUCCAGGUAGAGAGAAAGAGACAGCAAUCAAGAUGAACUCGAUUCCUUCGAUGGACAGGCACAUACAGCAGACCAAUGACAGACUGGUGUGCAUCAAACAGCACUUACAGAACCCGGCCAAUUUCCAGACAGCGGCCACGGAGCUGCUGGACUGGUGUGGUGACCCACGAGCCUUCCAGAGGCCCUUUGAGCAGAGUCUGAUGGGAUGUCUGACGGUGGUGAGUCGUGUUGCGGCACAACAGGGUUUUGACCUGGAUCUGGGCUACCGGCUCCUGGCUGUGUGUGCAGCCAAUCGUGACAAGUUCACUCCAAAGUCAGCAGAAACCAACACCUGCAGGAGAUGUCAAAGUGACUCAGCCUUGCUGUCAUCCUGGUGUGAGGAGCUGGGACGGCUGCUCCUGCUGCGGCACCAGAAGAAUCGGCAGAGUGAGCCCCAAGGCAAAGUGCCCAUGCAACCACCCAUGAACUCCAUGAAGCCCUCGCUCUCCCACAGUGAUGGGUCCUUUCCAUACGACUCUGUUCCGUGGCAGCAGAACACAAACCAGGCUCCAGGCUCGUUGUCAGUGGUCACAACCGUGUGGGGUGUUACUAAUACAUCACAAAGUCAGGUAUUGGGUAACCCCAUGGCCAACACCAACAACCCUAUGAAUCCUGGAGGCAAUGGAAUAGGGUCCGGCAUGUCGGCCAGCAACCCAGGGAUCAACUCCCCUCAGUUCCCCGGCCAACAGCAACAGUUUCCAGGCAAAGGGGGCUCCAACCAGGCCUACAUGCAACAGGGAAUGUACGGACGAGCGGGGCACCCCGGAGCUGGAGGCUUCAGUGGGAGCUACCCAGGUGGUCCGAAUGCUCCAGGUGGCAUAGGCAUGCCACCUCACACCCGGCCUCCAUCGGACUUUACCCAGCCUGCCGCUGCUGCUGCCGCAGCUGCUGUCGCCGCUGCCGCUGCCACAGCAACAGCUACUGCCACAGCCACAGUAGCUGCCCUGCAGGAGACCAACAAAGACAUGAACCAGUACGGCCAGAUGUGCUCUUCGUUUCAGAUGGGACCUACACAGGGCUAUAGCAACCAGUUCAUGAACCAACCUGGACCCCGGGGCCCCUCGGCUAUGGGAGGAGGCAUGAACCCCGCCACCAUGGGGGCCAGCAUGAACAGCUCCAAUCUGAGUGGGCCACCAAUGGGUAUGAACCAGCCCCGGGCCCCAGGGAUGGGACCUUUUGGGGGCCAUGGCCAGAGGAUGCCCCAGCAAGGCUAUCCUGGCCCGAGGCCACAAUCCAUGCCCAUGCAGGGCACCAAGAGGCCCUAUCCUGGAGAGCCCAACUAUGGGGGCCAACAGUUUGGACCUAAUGGCCAGUUUCCUAACCAGCAAGGGCAGUACCCCAACCCUAAUGCCUCCAGAGCACUGCCAUCACCCAACUACCCUGGUCAAAGAAUGCCAGGCCAGCAGGGCUCUGGUCAGUACCCCCCUUCAGGAGUGGCAAUGAGCCAGUACUAUAAGCAGGAGCCAUUCAACGGUCAGAAUAACAAUUUCUCAGGAGGUGGUUAUGCAUAUAAUCAAGGCAAUGGGCCUCCUCGGCAGGUUGUGAACUAUCCUCACUCACCAGUUCCUGGGAACCCCACGCCACCCAUGACUCCCGGAAGCAGCAUCCCUCCAUACCUAUCGCCCAACCAGGACGUCAAGCCUCCGUUUCCCCCUGACAUGAAACCAAACAUGACGUCCCUGCCCCCACCACCAACUAACCCCAAUGAGGAGUUACGGCUGACCUUCCCUGUACGGGAUGGGGUGGUGCUGGAGCCCUUCAGAUUAGAGCACAACCUGGCCGUCAGCAACCACGUCUUCCAUCUGCGGCCCUCCGUCCACCAGACCCUCAUGUGGAGGUCUGACCUGGAGCUCCAGUUUAAGUGCUACCACCACGAGGACCGGCAGAUGAACACAAACUGGCCAGCAUCAGUGCAGGUCAGCGUCAACGCCACCCCGCUCACCAUUGAGAGGGGUGACAACAAGACCUCUCACAAACCUUUGCACCUGAAGCACGUGUGUCAGCCUGGGAGAAACACCAUCCAGAUCACAGUCACAGCCUGCUGCUGUUCGCAUUUGUUCGUGCUGCAGCUGGUGCACAGGCCGUCAGUGAGAUCCGUCCUGCAGGGCCUGCUGAAGAAGAGGCUCCUGCCUGCAGAACAUUGCAUUACCAAAAUAAAAAGAAAUUUCAGUAGUGUAGCAGCGUCCUCUGGGAAUGCCACACUGAACGGAGAGGACGGGGUGGAGCAGACGGCCAUCAAAGUGUCCCUCAAGUGUCCCAUCACAUUCCGGCGGAUCCAGCUCCCUGCACGGGGACAUGACUGUAAACACGUUCAGUGUUUCGACCUGGAGUCCUAUCUGCAGCUGAACUGUGAGAGAGGAACGUGGAGGUGUCCCGUAUGCAAUAAAACUGCAUUAUUGGAGGGUCUGGAAGUGGACCAGUACAUGUGGGGAAUUCUCAAUGCCAUCCAAAACUCGGAGUUCGAAGAGGUCACCAUUGACCCCACGUGUAGUUGGCGGCCGGUGCCUAUAAAGUCUGACCUGCACAUAAAGGAAGACCCAGACGGCCCUCUGGCCAAGCGCUUUAAGACCAUGAGUCCCAGCCAGAUGAUCAUGCCUAAUGUGAUGGAUAUGAUCGCACAACUGGGGCCAGGACCCUCACCUUACACCUCCCUCCCGCCUCAGCACGGAGGGACCAGCACAGAGUAUGGGGGCCAAGGUAGAGGCAAUAGUUACCAAGGCCAUGGAAACUUUGACUUUCCCCACGGUAACUCUGGUGGAGGAGCUCCCAUGAAUGAUUUCAUGCAUGGGCCACAGCUCUCCCACCCUCCAGAUUUGCCCAACAACCUCAUGGGCCCAGACAAACCCCUUGGCCACAGCAUGCCAGAUUCGAUGCCCCAUCCUGUGAGCGCUGAGCAGUCCCAUGCUUCCAUGCAGCCAGGCAUGCACGCAUCACCCCACCCCAACAGCCAAUCAGCGCAGCCAUUACAUCACAGCGGCCCUCCAUCCUCCCAGCCCCCACGCCAAGCCCCGCCCCCACAGCAACAACCCGGCCCCAACAGCCAUCCGCACCCUGACAUGGCAUUUAACCCGGCCGCGGAGGGCCAGGUGGGUGGCCAGGGACCGACAGACAUGCCUGAGCCCUCUCUGGACCUGCUGCCAGAACUGGCGAACCCAGAUGAGUUACUAUCAUACCUAGACCCUCCAGACCUCCCAAGCAACAGCAAUGACGAUCUGCUCUCCCUCUUUGAAAACAACUGACUUCCCUAAUGCUCCUUUACCUGAGGCACUGACGUGUUUGGCUGUCAGGAGUCGAGAAGCAUCCUGAGCACCAAUCCAGGACUUUAUAAGCGCAAAACACUCUUCUUCCCUCUGCCUCUUACUCGUGUAAAUAUCUCACUCUUUUAUGGACGUCCUUUUCCACACAAGCAGCCAUGUUGGUUGGCACUAAAGUGAUAUCUUUCAAUACUAAUAUGAAAAAAACAACAAAAACUGUGCAGCUAUAAUCAGUUCAUAUGAAUAUAUAUGUCACACAGAACUGUAUGUGUGCUCACUAGGAAAGUGUUGUAGCAUUUUUUUAAUUCAGAUUUUUUUUCCUUUUGUGAAAAGCAAGACCUGAAUGGAAAAAAAAAAAAAUCUUCCUGUAACUGGUGCGUGUGUGUCCACAAGCUCUGAAGUUUGUUCUUCCAAGCUUUACCACCAUUGCUUCCCAAUAAUGCCCGUCUAGUGUUAUUUGCUGGAUGUUCGCAACUUUUGUCUGUCAAGAGUCCCUCGGAAAAAGCACAAUACCGUUCAUCAAACUGCAACAGGAACACUGCAAAGGAAGCAUCAAAGGGAAGAAUGCUUGCAUCACACUCACGGAGAAAAUUUGCAUCAGAGUGAUCUGGUAUCCCCAUCACAGAGACUCUAAUGGUGGGCUUCGUAAGUCCAUCGAUGCUCAUACGUGGAACUCCUAGGAAAACCCCUUCAGCUGUGCAUAUCAUGUCAUAUCAUCACUACCAUUUUGCCCAUCAUAUUCACUCAUGAGUGUUCCAUUCAAAGCAAAUCACGUAACUGCAUCAUGACAAUUCCUUUUGUUUUUUAUUUAUUUUUUUAUGUUUUAUAGAAUCAUGCCAAUACUGUAUGCCUGAUUAUAUGCAUUAAUAACCAGCACUGUACCUCCUUCACAAAAUCUUUCCAUCUCAGAGUGCUGUGGAAUCAAACUCAAUGGGCAAGUCAAUUCAUUUUGUAAAGUAAUGCAAUCACUUCUGGAAACAGUAGUUUAUCAGCUCUUUCUUCUGGGGUUCUUGCCCCAUUAAUGCAUGAACUUGGCCCUUCCCAGGCCUGUGAUGUCUUUCAACCCCUCAUGACAUGACAGCAUACAGUGUGUUUUAAUGUGCACUUGUGCCAAUCACCCUUUGUUUUAGUGAUAGAAAACAGUGUAGCCUGUUUUUUUUUUGUUUUGUUUUGUUUUGGGUUUUUUUUUUUUUUGGGUCGUUUUUUUAAUCAGUGCUUUCAGAAGUGUUCCUCUGUCCUGUUUUCAUUCAACAUUUUAAACAUGGAACUAUGAUCAUGUAAAGGAUUAUGUUUGUUAUGCACAAUAUAUUGUUCAUGCUAUGAUUACUGUUUUUCCCCUGUCGUUGUAACUCUAAAUGUACAGUGUAUGUGCGUUGAUUACAAUAUGGCCAUGUAUUACCAAAGUCAUGUGUUGUGAUUGAAGGAGGUGGCCCAAACAUCUAAGCAAGGUAAUAUCUGUAUUUGGUGAAGGUUAAAGCAUGAGAUCUCUUCAGUUACAGAAAGGCAUUUGCAUAACAAUGUAGUGAUGAAAUGGCACUCUAUGGUACAGUAGCUUUUUACAGUCAUUAAAUGUCAGUGUAAUCCUAUUUUGUUGGCUAUAAAUCAUCGGAAACCAUCCUUUAACCCCACAUUUCUCAAGCUUUAGCCAGUGCACAUAAGUAAUACCUAAAAAAGGAAUCACAGAAAUGAUGUUUUAACCAGGUGCUUAUACCAUGAGCUCAGCAACUCUCCCAAUCAGAGAAUCCCUUUAACAUGUCAGAUUACUUUGUUUUAUGAAACAUAAUAUUCCUGCAAAGUAUUAUGCUUUGCUCCCUUGUUAUUGUAAUUUAUACCCUCUGUUAAUAAUCAAAAUGUGCUUUAUGUUCGCAUUAUGUUUUCAUGAUAUUAUUCUGAGUUUGUUCUGGAGCAAUACUGUCACUUCUUUGCGCUUACAAUUGAAAACCAUUCGCAAUGUGUUUUGUCAGAUGCAUAUUUACCCCAUUUUAAAAAUAUUCUUUUCCAUUUUAAAUUAUUUUGUAUUACAAUUUUUUAGUGCUCAGUUAUGUACAGACCUUAUGUUUGUUGUCGACACAUUUGAACUCCUUCAAAACAGAGGGAUGUGGUUCUCCACUUUUAAUACUCUUGUAUAUCUUUUUUUUUUUUUUUUUAAAUGAUGCACUGCCACAUUUUUCUUUCCUCGUUCUAGACACACAAACUGAACUAAAAUCUCCACUUCCACUUGGGUCACACUUCAAGUUGAGCAUAGUCCAUGUUAUAGACCUGCCACUUACUGUAGUUUGUACAGUCACUGAGGAGAAAGCGUAAGCUGAGGUAGAGAUAGUUACGGUGAGAUGAGUCAGGCGUUGUUCGUCCCCUACUCAGCCACAGGUCUUGAUGGGAAAUGGUCUGGAAGAGAGCAGGAGCAGGGGACAUAAGGGAUGCAUGUACAUAUGUAAAUGACAAAUAGAGACACGUUAACAGAAAUGUAUUCAUUUUCCCCAGGGGAAUGUGCAUUGUGUAUUUAGAAUUUGUAAAGCUUGCAUCCUCCUAACAGACUCGAAUUGGGUAAAAUGAAUCUGUGUUUGUUAGCGUCUGUGGAACCUCUCGCCAUUUUUUUUCCACUUCUGUAAAAUAUUUCCAGCCCCCCAUGCCAGGGGAAAUAGGGGGGAACGAGACACAUUUGUUUUACCUUUGUGUAAUAUUUAGCUUAUGUGUAUUGCUCCAUUACCUGUGUACUCUAUAAGGUGCUACAAAAAGAUGAAGAAAAUCCUGGGGAAUAAUUUGGAGGAUAGGGACGUGGGGCCUGGAGUGGUUCCAAAAGAUUGUAACCAAAUUCAUAGUUUGUACAAUUUUGAUAUCAUGAUCAGAGUAAAAAAAAGGUACAAUCUGAGGAUAUUGGCGCCUAAAGUGGCAGUUGUCUUUUGGUUUGUACAUUCUGUGUACAAUCAUUUCAUAUUUUAAACUGUUCAGAAGAAAAAAACGAAUUGUGAUUUUUAGUCUUGCAAAACUGUAUGUAGUUAGAUGCUGUGACAUCCUAAUAUUUAUCUAAUAAAUAUGUAUUCAGAUGAAACAUGGUUACCGCUUUGUCGACAUGAUUUAUGUGAAUGACAAGUCAUUAAAAAAAGUCAUUAAAAAUCAUUUAAUAUUAAAGA